CUGUGCUUCCACUUCGUCUCCAUCCAACUCUUGUGUAGUGCAAACCUAUCAUAGAUAAAGCUACAAAUCAACUUCAGGUGCCCGAGCCGCAAAUGAAGUAUUCCGAAAUGUCUAUUAGGGCGUACUGCCCCUGGUGCAAGAAAGAUGUUCAGCUUGGCAAAAAGACGAGUAGUUGGAAGAAGAGGUGGUGUAGCAACCCUUGGGAAAUUCUCUGCCUCCCACUAGGCUGUCUCGUAGCAAUCUUUGAAUCAGAAGAUCUUUUCCCAGGCUACGACUGGCACUGCACCGAGUGCCAUCGACGACUGUCAUUUAAAGGCGCCAAGAGCAAGGGAAUGCAAUUGUUUAUUCCUAUCGGUGAAGAAACUAUGAAAGUCGGCUGCCCUCGUGUGCGCAAUCUGCUUUACACGCGGUGGGGCAAUAAUACGCAAAUGCGCGCUAGUCUUGCAAAGCAGAGCGCUGAUCUUCUCGGCGGCAUGAUCCUUAAACUGAAAGGCGCUCCCGAUGGGGCCCUACCGCACAUGGGCGUCCCUGACGCCAAUAAUGAGGGAGAAGGCAACAACAACAGAUCAUUAAGAUCAAAGAUUUACGCUAUUUGGAGGGCACAUUUUAAUAUGCUGCCACAGGGCCUCGACAGUACGGAAAUCGAGGCAAGGAUGGAAGACGCGUACUUGAUUGCGAGAAAUGGCCCAUACGUUUUUUACGCCUCAAGCCUCGAAUGGCCAGAGGCCAAAAAUCAGUGGCUGAGAUAUCUAGCUGCGUUUCUUAUCAAGGAGUUUGGAAUGGGCUCCAGGAUGAUGGAGCAGUUCAACCGCCUGAGAGAUGAGCGUAAUACGAAGUUUGCAGGAAAGAACGAGAGUGAAAAGCUACAAGAGACUAUGACGUUUGCUGUGAUGAAGGUUAUGGGUACUAACUGAGUAUCUUGUACAUUGUAAAGAGGCA